UCUCCACCCCUUCGCCUUGCACCGCUUCUCACCGGACGGUUAAAACUUAAACGUUGAUGGUGGACUACUGAAGGUACUACGCCGGAGUCAGUACAGGCGUGCUUUGGACAUCUACAGAUGCGGCGGACGUUAGCAUCGUCGUCUUCAACAAUCUUUACCCGUCAUCACUUUCGUCAAUUAUAAUUUCCCUUGUCGACGGAUGCGUGGUGCGCUAUACUUCUACUACUUAUGCCCACCACAUUGAUGGUGGAGAGGAUCACGCAACUUCCCAUAGCUCUAAAAUGAAGAAACCAGAGAGCAAUAAAAGUUACUACAACAGAGAUGCCACACCUGAAAAUGAUCUUUGGACGGAUGGGCUUAUUUGUGCCUUCGAAUUUGUUGGAGGCCCUAGGAAAUUAAUCAACCCAAAGUCUGCUUCAAAGGUCCUGGGCAGACAAAUAGAUGGCGAGUAUGCGAAGACAAAAUUACAAACAAAUGGGAUAUAUGAGACUUCUUCCCCUGGACCGGACAAGGACAGAGUAUUGGAGUCCUCUUCCCAUAGUGAGUUAAGGGACAGUCAGGUCGCUCCUUCUGAAGUUGGCAGUGAUGGCCAGGUCCCGCAAUCAGGCCAGUUUCAUAUCACUGAAAGAUUUGAGGGUAGUCACUGGGUGCCAAUUGGUUGGGCUAGAAUCUCAGAACUUGUCCAAACAGUGCAAAGCAACGCUGGCUGGGCCCCACAACAAUUGGAACUAGUGGAUGGAGAAGAUGAUGUUACUGUUGCAGAUUUGGCUGCUCCUUACUGGGAACGCCCAGCAGGGCCUAUAUGGUGGUGCCAUCUGUCUGCAGGUCAUCCCUCUGUCCAGGCAUGGCUUAACAAUGCUCAGUGGUUACAUCCUGCCAUCAGCUUAGCUUUGAGAGAUGAAAGUCGAUUGAUUAGUGAACGGAUGAAAUACCUUCUAUACGAGGUCCCUGUUAGGGUUGCUGGAGGAUUGUUAUUUGAACUCUUGGGACAGUCAGCUGGUGAUCCAUUAGUGGACGAGGAUGACAUCCCCAUUGUACUCCGAUCUUGGCAAGCACAGAACUUCCUAAUAACUGUGCAGCACAUAAAAGGUCACGUGUCAAGUAUAAACGUUUUGGGUAUCGCAGAGGUUCAGGAACUUCUUUUUGCUGGAGGUUCUUACACCCCAAGAACAGUGCAUGAGGUCAUAGCACAUUUGGCUUGUCGGCUUUCUAGAUGGGAUGAUAGGUUAUUUCGUAAGUCCAUAUUUGGUGCAGCAGAUGAGAUCGAACUGAAGUUUAUGAACCGGAGAAACCAUGAAGAUAUGAAUCUUUUUGCUAUCAUUUUGAACCAAGAAAUCAGAAAAUUAUCGAGACAGGUUAUCAGAGUAAAAUGGUCUCUCCAUGCAAGAGAGGAAAUUGUGUUUGAGCUUCUCCAACAUUUAAGGGGAAAUGCAGCAAGAACCCUGCUAGAAGGAAUAAAGAAAAGCACAAGGGCCAUGAUUGAGGAGCAAGAAGCAGUCCGUGGUCGUUUGUUUACCAUCCAAGAUGUUAUGCAAAGUACUGUUCGUGCAUGGCUGCAGGACAGAAGCCUUCGAGUAACUCAUAAUUUGGCGGUUUUUGGAGGCUGUGGCCUCGUUCUUUCCAUCAUCACUGGGCUGUUUGGAAUAAACGUUGAUGGGAUCCCUGGAGCAGAGAAUACACCAUAUGCAUUUGGUCUGUUUACAGCAAUCCUUGUCUUCUUGGGAGUGGUGUUGAUUGUCGUUGGUUUACUUUACCUUGGCCUGAAAAAUCCCAUCAGUGAAGAGAAGGUUGAAGUUAGAAAGUUGGAGCUUGAAGAGUUAGUUAAGAUGUUUCAGCACGAGGCAGAGAGCCACGCUCAGGUUCGAAAAAAUCUUUCCCGGCAAAACUUGCCACCCACUGCUGCAGAUAUGCUCCUACAUGAUGCAGAUUAUGUACUCAUUCAGUGAAGAUGGAUCUUAUGAGUGCAUUAUCUGCACCAUCUGAUGGAUUGAUUUAAUGCCUUUUCAUAUAAUAAAGAUCGACUCCAUAUGAUGCACUC